AUGACGUCAUCUAACGGCGGUGUUCCGCCGGGGUUCCGGUUUCACCCCACCGAUGAAGAGCUGCUUCAUUUCUACUUGAAGAAGAAGAUUGCUUUUGAAAAGUUUGAUAUGGAUGUCAUUAGGGAAAUUGACUUGAACAAGACUGAGCCAUGGGAUCUCCAAGAGAGGUGUAAGAUAGGGUCAACGCCCGAAAAUGAGUGGUACUUCUUUAGCCAUAAGGAUAAGAAGUAUCCUACAGGAUCAAGGACGAAUCGAGCAACACAUGCGGGUUUUUGGAAGGCAACGGGGCGAGACAAAUGCAUUCGAAACACCUUUAAGAAGAUUGGUAUGAGGAAAACCCUAGUUUUUUAUCGCGGGCGGGCUCCGCAUGGUCAAAAGACCGAUUGGAUUAUGCAUGAGUAUCGUCUUGAGGAUGUUAUUGAUCAUCAUGAUACUCUUAAUCAUGUUUCAUCCUCUUCUGAAGAUGGAUGGGUGAUUUGCCGGGUGUUCAAGAAGAGAAACUUGUUCAAAGUAGGUGGAAACGAAGCGUCAAGUGGUAGCGUAGCAACAGAAGAACGCGCAAAUAGCAUGUACCAAUCGCGCCCUUACUCAUACGGUCUAGAUCAAAGUCAUCAAUAUCUAACAUAUCAACAACAACAUCAACAUCAACAACAACAAAACUUCCACUUAGGGGUUAACUACACACAUCACCAAUAUCCUCACCUUAUCACUACUACCCACAAACCUCUCGGAUGCGGUUUCUUGAAUCUACCUACUGAAGAUUCACCAAUCAUGGUUAGACAACUCAUGUCUAACCAUAGAGAAUGUGAUAGUGGAAGCUGUGAAAACCAACUCGAUGUUGGUUAUCAUGCUUGUGAGCCUGGUUUAGAAGUUGACAUCUCUGAACCGACUCAAAACAUGAUUAAUGCAAAUGUAAGAGAGGAGACAUCAAACGAAUGGGGAAUGAUUGAUAGGCUUGUAACUUCACAUCUUGUUCAACAUAACGGGGAUGCUAAUUCGACAAAAGGAGUGUUGAGGUAUAGAGACGACGCCACGUCAUCUUCUUCCAUGCAACCGAUCAAUCAACUCUCCUUGCGAGGAGGGAUGGAAUUUUAGGGUUAUGAAAAUAGCUCGAUACUAAUGAUUAAUGUGCUAUACGGUUAUUUUCUUCAAGACGAUUACACAUAUUAAACCAUGGUCCAUAGAGAAGAUGGCUCAUGACCAUUUAAACUAAGUCCUAACAAUUUUAUUAAUUGUUACAAUAUAUUGAUUACUUAUGUAUAACUCCAUUUGAUUUGACAUAAAUUUGUCAUGAUUAAUGGGAUAUUGUAGUGAUUUAUUUCUUAUUAAUGUAUAUUUAUAUAUUUCUACUCCAA